CAGUCCUGCUGUCCAGAGAGUAUGACCACCACCACCACCACCACCGCCCAUAAGCAGCCAUCCUCUACUUCACCAUCUAGGAGCCAGCUCCAGAUCCAGCUCCAGCUGAGAGGCUGCUGCCCCAAGAGCCAGGGCAGAAACCAGGGAGGAAACCUGAGCAAGACAGGGAGGAGAACCAGAGGAGAGAGCUAUAGGGGGGGAUAGAGGUCCUGAUAACUCCAGGGGGACUGUGACCGUCCCCAAGCCGUUCAGGAUGAUGAUGAGGGAGGAGGAGAAGAAGAGGAGGAAGGUCAGGACGCGUUCGGAGGUGGAGCUGGAGAACUUGCUGCUGCGCCGGGAGCUGGACGAGCUGAGGGAGUGCGGCAUGAAGUUCAGGGCCUCGCCGGCGCCCGCCCACACUCGCCUGCCGCUCUACGAUGUCAUCAGCUGCCGCCUCAGCCAGCGACCCGGUUACAAUCCCGGUAACCACGGAGUUAACUUUAGUAAUUAUCGGUAUGUCUCGGUCAGCGGUGGCAACCAACGGGCCUCCUCCUGCUCACCCCAGAGACCGUUCAGCUUCCUGGAGAGAGAGAGGAGGAAGAGGGAGCAGAGGAUUGAAGUGGAACUGGAGAACCUGGUGGCCAAAGAGAGGAGGGCAUUCAAGGCCAGGCCGGUGCCCAGGUCUGUGUACUACAGCCACAGCGCCACCCACAGGCAGCAGAGCAAAGUGCAACAGCAGCUGACGAGUCAGAAGAUGAAACUGAAGAAUAUGACCCACCAACACAGCACGCAAUCUACACCAGGCUUGCGGGCCGAGGGUCCAGGAGAGAAGAGGGGGGACACAGAGGGGGGAGAGGACCAGGGCCUAAUGCUUGUGGAGAAAGAGAAGAGUUUUCGCCUAAAAAAGGAGGGACUCCCGUCCUACAACAGCAAUAGCUACUGGAGGUCUCAGAGCCGGAGCAGGCGUCCGUCAAUCAAGAUGGGGACGGGGGGACCUAGGAAGCAGCUUGAGCUCCAGAUUGACAUGGCGUCGGAGAGGAGGAAGGGGAAGGAGAGAGAGAGGGAGUUGUCUUACAUCGACCCACUCUGCACCCCUGGCAGCCCCUACCUCUGUUCGUCUCUCGUCAGUCAGGAGGACCUCCCUAUCCCAGCCAGCAAAACAGACUACAUCAGCGUGUGUAAAAGCCGUGAUCAAGUCGUCGAAAGUGUUCUGUAAAGGGUUCAUUCAUUUUGGUCAAAGUCAAGACCUGUAUCAAGUGUUCUGUAAAGGGUUCAUUCAUUUUGGUCAAAGUUAAGACCUGUAUCAUCUACCACUAAACAUGUUAACUCCUGUCUCUCUGUGGAAUAAGUCAAGUGGUAUAAAUGCCUUCAGAAAGCAUUUAUACCACUUGACUUAUUCCACAUUUUGUUGUGUAACAUCCUGGAUUAAAUAUUUUUUUCCCCACCCAUCUACACACAAUACCCCAUAAUGACAAAGUGGAAACAUGUUUUUAGAAAUAUUUGCACAUUUAUUGAAAAUGAAAUAUCUAAUCUAAUUUGUAAAAUAAAAACUAAAAAACGAAUUCCACUUUGACAUGAUGAGAUAUUGUGUGUAGGUCAGUGACAAAUCUCAAUUGAAUCUAUUUUAAAUUCAGGCUGUAACACAAAAUGUGGAAAAACGUAAAGGGGUGCGAAUACCUUCUGAAGGCUCUGUCUCUAUUAAUGUAACAGAGUUGAGUUAAUACAUGACAGAUCAUUAUGUGACAGUGGUUUCAUACAUAAACUAGAUGUUUUGGAGAUAUGAGACUGUAUUUGUGUGUUAUAAUAAUGGUACUAAUCAUGUUUCGAUAAACUGUCUUGAAUUUCCAUUUUUGAAUGAAGCCCUUGUUUUGAUUGUGGCAAUGUCUUUUUCCACUAUUCUCAGGUGUAUGACAAUGCAUCCACGAGAAAACAAACCAUUCUAAAACACACAAAAGUAGUCUGUCUGUUGUGGAAAGUAAAACGAAUCAAUUUAGGGUAACAUUGGCACAUAUUGUAAGGCUAUCUCCCUAAUUCGACACCAAAUGAAGUUGUCGAGUAAUGUGACAUACACCAGACAUUAAAUUGGGAUGUAUGAUAUAUAUAUUGGUAUCUCUAUAAUGGCAAAAUGACUGAGUCCUGCCCAAUUCUAUCAUAAAAGUGACCAUGUAGGAAGCAGUAUUUAGCUCUAUCAAUAAAGAUUUCACAAUGAUGAUGAUGAUCAUUAAUAGUAACUUUAAUAAAGCCCAACUGGGGUUGCAAAAUUCUGAUAGCUUUCCCAAAACUCACAGCUAUUCUGGAAAUCCUGGAUAAAGGAUUCUGGAUUUCAUGCUUAAUCCCUUCUGAUUCUGUGAAUAUUUCAACCAGGAUUUCUGAAAAACCUGUGAAUUUUGCUAACCUUAGCCCAACACUAGGUUGGUCAGCGAGCUAAGGAAAACAGUUUAAUGUAGUAGUUGUAGUAAAUGGUUUUAGCCAGGUAACAUUUCAUUGAUCAUGUCCUUAGAAGCAGACCUGCAACUGGAAAGUCACUGUUUUCAAUCCCAAGUCUGAAUGGAACAAUUCUGGUAGGCUUUUGGGUAUCCUCCUGCUGUUGUGUCCUUGAGCAAGACACAGAACCACUAAACUGCUCCAGGGACGCUUCAGUAACUGUCUGUUUCUCAGGGGUUGAAAAACAAGUUUAAAAAAGGGGCCAUUUUAUGUUGUUUCUGUCUGUAGAAAGAUUGUAUUCAAUAUUUAAAUAAUAAAAUGUUUGAUUCUUCCAUUC